AUGGCGCCGGAAGCGGUCCUCGAAGCCACCAGCCAGCAGCCCCUCGGUGCGGACAAAGGAGGCGGGGCCUGCCCCGUCCCCCCCGCCUCAUCGCCCUCUGGCCAGCCACUGCCGCCGCCGCCAGGAAACUGCUGGCGGGGGGGCGGGGCGCCGCGGACCGGGCGCCGAUUGGCCGAGCGGGAGGGGGACAUCUUCCCUGACGGGCAGUACUUCCACCUGCGACACCAGGGCGUGGCCCAGCAGUCCCUGGCCCCGCACUGGGGCCACCGCCUGCGCCUGAAGAAAGACCCCAAGGUGCAGUGGUUCGAGCAGCAGACGCUGCGGCGACGGGUGAAGCGCUCCCUGGCCAUGCCACCCACGGACCCCUGGUUCUCCAAGCAGUGGUACAUGAACAACCAGAUGCAGCCAGACCUGAAUGUCCUGCAGGUCUGGAGCCAGGGGCUGUCCGGCCAGGGCAUCGUGGUCUCCAUCCUGGACGAUGGCAUCGAGAAAGACCACCCCGACCUCUGGGCCAACUACGACCCCCUGGCCAGCUAUGACUUUAAUGACUAUGACCCAGACCCCCAGCCUCGAUACACGUCCAGUGACGAGAACCGGCACGGGACCCGCUGUGCUGGGGAAGUGGCAGCCAUCGCGAAUAACAGCUUCUGCGGCACAGGCGUCGCCUUCAAUGCCCGCAUCGGAGGCGUGCGCAUGCUGGAUGGCAUCAUCACCGAUGUCAUCGAGGCCCGGGCGCUGAGCCUGCACCCGCAGCACAUCCACAUCUACAGCGCCAGCUGGGGCCCCGAGGACGACGGCCGCACGGUGGACGGCCCGGGCAUCCUCACCCGCGAGGCCCUCCGGCGCGGUGUGACCAAAGGCCGCGGCGGGCUGGGCACGCUCUUCGUCUGGGCAUCUGGGAACGGUGGGCUCCACUACGACGACUGCAACUGCGACGGCUACACCAACAGCCCGCACACACUGUCGGUGGGCAGCACCACCCGGCAGGGCCGCGUGCCCUGGUACAGUGAGGCCUGCGCCUCCACGCUCACCACCACCUACAGCAGCGGCCUGGCCACCGACCCCCAGAUCGUCACCACAGACCUGCACCACCUGUGCACAGACAAGCACACGGGCACCUCGGCCUCAGCCCCGCUGGUGGCAGGCGUGAUCGCCCUAGCUCUGGAGGCCAACCCGUUCCUGACCUGGCGGGACAUGCAGCACCUGGUGGUCCGCGCAUCCAAGCCGGCACAGCUACAGGCCGAGGACUGGAGCACGAACGGCGUGGGGCGCCAAGUGAGCCACCACUACGGCUAUGGGCUGCUGGACGCCGGGCUGAUGGUGGACAUGGCCCGCACCUGGCUGCCCACAAGGCCGCAGAAGAAAUGCUCCAUCAGGGCCCUGCACAACCACAUCACCAUCCUGCCGCUGAUGAAGGUGGGGAAGAACGUGUCGGCCUGCGCGGGCUCCCGCAACUACAUCCGCUCACUGGAGCACGUGCAGGUGCAGCUGUCACUGGCCUACAGCCGCCGUGGGGACCUGGAGAUCUCGCUCACCAGCCCCCUGGGCACCCGCUCCACCCUCAUGGCCAUCAGACCUUUGGACGUCAGCAGCCAAGGCUACAACAACUGGAUCUUCAUGUCCACCCACUUCUGGGACGAGAACCCACAGGGCUUGUGGACCCUGGGCCUGGAAAACAAGGGCUAUUAUUUCAACACAGGGAUGCUGUACCGCUACACGCUGCUGCUCUAUGGGACGGCCGAGGACAUGAUGGCACGGCCCACGGGCCAACGCCACCGCCUCGCCUGCCUCCCGGACCAGCUCUGCCUCUUCUAUUGGUCGCCGUGGUACUUCUUCACCGACACGCAGCCGGCAGUGACCGCUGGGCCUGGGUGCUCAGCCACACGUGCCCGGAGGCUCUGCCUCUUCUAUUGGUCGCCGUGGUACUUCUUCACCGACACGCAGCCGGCAGUGACCGCUGGGCCUGGGUGCUCAGCCACACGUGCCCGGAGGGUGCGCAGUGGCUGCCACGUCUCCUGCUACACUUGCGGUAGCAGAUCCCCCUGGACUGCACUGCCUGACCCCAUCCUUCAUGCUGGAUGAACUGCAGGGCUCCUGCUCGGGCCCGCCACCCCCAGCAGCCACCCCAGCCCACUGCAGCAGCCUGUCCCCACCACCACAGCCCAGUCCAGGCCAUGGUGCUGGCCCCGCUGGACAUGGCCUUCAGGAGCCCCUUCCUUUGCGGUGUCUGCAAGCCACCUGCCCUAGGCCUGGGCCCCAAACGCCGGGGGCCACCCUGGUCACCACCCCAAGCCCAGCUACCAGAUGGAACCCAGAAUCAUCUGACUCAGAGAGCAUAUGCCACCUCGCCUGGGUCCUGAGUGGGCCCCACGUGGGCACUGCUGACCUGAGAAUAUGCCCCAGGAGGACCCACUGGCCACCCAUAGCCCUUAGGUUAGGGGGUGGGCCACGUGAAUCUCGCAUCUCCAGGUUAAAGAGAGAGAGAGGUCUCAUUAGACAUUUGGGGGUAGGGGUGGGGGACGGGAUGGGGUAGAGGUCAGACCAUGACCACGGUCCCUUCCCAGGUACAGAAUCUGAGGGAAGGUGGAGAGAGAAAAAAAAGGACACUGUCCAAACAGUCUCAGGCACCACAUCUGACCUCAGAGUUUGCAAAUAAAGGUUGAGUAGAGGGUGA